AUGUUUCCAAUCUGUAUAAAUAGUUUAUCGUUUAGUUCCGCUUGGUCAAUUGUGUACCGAAGACGUAGAAGAACGGCAACCAUGUUCAAGAGAUUAGUGAUCUUCCUUCUUUUCGGAGUAGUUGCCGUAAUCUCAGUUGGCCAACAAGGUCGAACGACCAAUUAUAAACAAGUCCGUUCUACCUACAAACCGACGUACCAACAGUCAUAUCCUCAACAGGAGAAAUCCACUCGCAGCCAACAGUACAACCAGCAGUACACACCGUACCGUUACCCGUAUUACCAGCAAUACUAUUACCAGCCUGUGUACAAACAGAGCUAUCAGCAAACGCCAUACGUCAGGAGGAAAUGA